AUGUUCAUAUCUCCCGCGACGUCGUUGACGACGUCCCAACUUACUGGGCAAAAAGCUGGGUGGUCGCCCACUUCUCGGCUUCUUGCCCUUACUCUUGUUUCGCUGAUUAGUUCUAGUUUGAAAGGUUCAUUUUUGGAAGAAAUGGAACUCUAUGAAUUUCUCGAUCGUGUGCGGGAGCAUGGGAGAGUAUCCGUGCCGCGUAUCUUUCGAGAUAGAACGUGCCACUUUGAGACCUUAACUGACGCAGAAUUUAAGAAAUACUAUCGAUUUUCCCGUCACAUUUUCUUCGAAAUAUGCGAGAUGGUGGCAUCAGACCUUGAGCAUCUUCAAACAAGAGGGGUUAACUUGACGGUGGCUAGCCAAGUGUCCUUGGCCAUACACCUCCUUGGAAGGAAUGUGAUGCAAAGGGAUGAGGCAUUGAUUGCGGGCUGUAGUCAACCAACUGUGUCUCGAGUGGUGGCAGCUUUUGUCAAAGCUGUGAAUCGAAGAGCUAGCAAUUAUAUACGUUGGCCAAGUGGAAGAGAAAGCGUUGCAAUCAGACAAUCCUUCUACAGGAAGUACCAUAUUCCUGGAAUAGUUGGUGUGAUUGACGGGACCCACUGCCGUAUUCUACAGCCCACCCGUGAUGAAGGAGAUUAUGUAAACAGGAAAGGCUACCACAGUCUCAAUGUGGGAAUCGUGGUAGACUACGAUAUGAGGGUGAGAUGGGUGUGCUCCAAAUGGCUUGGGUCUGCACACGAUUCCCACGUUUUCAAAUCAUCGAAGUUGUACGAGCAGCUGAAAAGUGGGGAGCUCAGAGGUGUUUUGAUAGGAGAUUUGGCUUAUGCCUUAGAACGAUUCCUGCUGAAGCCGUUGGCAACAACAAGAAAUAGAAAAGAGGAGCGCUACAACAGGGCCAUCUGUUCGGCGCGCUCCAUCGUCGAGCGGGCUUUUGCGUUGUUGAAGCGGCAGUUGUACUCUCCAGAAAGGGCGGCUGAAAUUGUAGUGGCAUGUUGUGAUCUUCGGAACAUAGCUAUAGAUGCGAACGAGCCUAACGACUAUGACGAAUACGAUGGAGAGGACCGUCAAGACGGCGAAGUCCCGAGCAAUCCUCCACGUAGAGCUGCAGACAGGCGUGCCAUUUCCUUUUUGGAGGACUUGAUAGAAGAAUACUUUUGA